AUGGAACUUGAUCAUGGUUUCGACUUCGAGGACUGUUUCCCUUCCAUGAUAGCAAGGCUAGGCGCAGAAGGGUUCAUUGGGGAACUCUGCAACGGGUUUCGUUUGCUCAUGGAUGUGAACAUGGGGCUCAUCACGUUUGAGAGCCUGAAGGUCAGCACCUACUUGCUUGGUUUGGAGGUGAGGGAUGAUGAGUUGUUGUGCAUGCUCAUGGAGGGUGAUUUGGAUGGAGAUGGGGCUCUUAACCAGAUGGAGUUUUGCAUUCUCAUGUUUAGGUUGAGUCCUUCCUUGAUGGAUAUGCAAGGUAAUGUGGAUCAAGUGCAUGCUAGUGUAAUAUAA